AUGGGCUGUCAAAUUUUCUGUUUGGCUCUCUCUUUCGGUUUUAUUACUUUUAUUCUCAUUUUUAUUUCACCUCGUAAUUUCAUUUUUAUUUGUUUUUGUUUGUGGUUUUCGCGAAAAUGCUAUUCUUAUUCUUCUUUCUUUCUUUUUUCUCUUCUCCUUUAUUUUUUUACCUCUUCCUUUUUAGUUUUUACUUUUUCUUUCUCUAUUCUUUCUUUUACUUCUUUCUUUUUGCUCUUUCUUUCUUCUUUCUUUUACCUCUUCUUUUUUGAUUUUGCACUUUCUCUCUUUUACCUCUUCCUUUUUGCUCUUUCUUUCUCUCUUUACCUCUUCCUUUUUGAUUUUGCUUUUUCUCUCUUUCUUUUACCUCUUCCUGGCUUUUUUUUUACUCUUUCUCUCUCUUCUUUCUUUUUCCUCUUCCUUUUUACCCUUUCUUUCUUUCUUUCUUUUUUUUACCACUUCCCUUUUACUCUUUCUCUCUUUUUUCUUUUUCCUCUUCCUUUUUACCCUUUCUUUCUUUCUUUUUUUUACCGCUUCCCUUUUAGUUUUACUCUUUCUCUCUUUUUUUCUUUUACCGCUUCCUUUUUGCUCUUUCUUUUUCUUUCUUUUACCUCUUCCUUCUUACUCUUUCUAUUUUGCGUUUUGUCCUUUUUCCUUUUAGUCUGUUCUUCUUUUUUCUCUUUUCUGUCUUAUUUUCUUUCUUGUUCUUGUUGUCUUUCUUUCUUAUUUCAUAUUCUUGUAUUUCCUUUACCCACUUUCAUUGGUCUUUAUUUCAUUCCUUUACCUUAUUCUUCAUUCAUUCUUUUCCGUUAUUCUUUAUUUCUUAUUUUUCCCUUCUUCAUUUCAUACUUUUCCCUUCUUCUUCAUUUCAUACUUUUCCCUUCUUCUUCAUUUCAUACUUUUCCCUUCUUCUUCAUUUCAUACUUUUCCCUUCUUCUUCAUUUCAUACUUUUCCCUUAUUCUUUAUUUCAUUCCUUUACCUUAUUCUUCAUUCAUUCUUUUCCCUUAUUCUUUAUUUCUUAUUUUUCCCUUCUUCUUUAUUUCUUAUUUUUCCCUUCUUCUUUAUUUCAUACUUUUCCCUUCUUCAUUUCAUACUUUUCCCUUCUUCUUCAUUUCAUACUUUUCCCUUAUUCUUCAUUUCAUACUUUUCCCUUAUUCUUCAUUUCGUUCCUUUACCUUAUUCUUUAUUUCAUUCCUUUACCUUAUUCUUCAUUCAUUCUUUUCCCUUCUUCUUUAUUUCUUAUUUUUCCCUUCUUCUUUAUUUCAUACUUUUCCCUUCUUCUUCAUUUCAUACUUUUCCCUUAUUCUUCAUUCAUUCUUUUCCCUUCUUCUUCAUUUCACACUUUUCCCUUCUUCUUCAUUUCAUUCCUUUACUUUAUUCUUUAUUUCUUAUUUUUUCCUCCUUCUUCAUUUCAUUGCUUUACCUUAUUCUUUAUUUUCCCUUCAUUUCUAAAGUUAUUUCCUUUCACCCUUGAUUUUAGCUUCUUCUCUUUAUUAAUAGCUUCCCUUUUCUUUUUCCUUGUCUACUUCCUUAUUCUUAACCUUCUUAUCCAUAUCUUCUUUAUUUUUCACUCCAAAUCAAACACUUUUGCACUUUGUUUCUCUAUAAGAUUAUCCACUAUCUCAAACUUCUAUGUUUCUCUCACUCUUUGUCUGUUUCUUUUUAUUAUCUCCCUUGUCCUUUCCGAUAAAACUAAGAUUAUUAUUCAUCAUCUCAGACCUCUGUUCUUUUCUCACCCAUUGCCUUAUAUCUAUCUAUCUAUCUAUCUAUCUAUCUAUCUAUCUAUCUAUCUAUCGGAUUAG